UCAGCGAGUUGUUCGCGCUUAAAUGUGUGCCAGCGUUUCCAGGUGAUAGAGCAGCAGUUCUCCAGUACCUUGCGAGUUUAAGGAUCCAGACCACAGAAAUUCCAACUCAAAGGAUCACAAUGGAGGCGGCAGCAAGUGUGGAUGUGCGAACGCUAGUGGAGAUUCCUGCAGUGUACAAGGAUCCCUGGUACAUGAUCACCGUUCUAUCUCUCUAUCUGUACUUCGUUACGAAAGCGGGUCCACAUUUCAUGGAGACUCGCAAGCCCUACACGCUCAAGAAGCUUAUCUUGGUGCACAAUGUCAUCCAGGUGGUGUCCUGCAUAUACGUUAUCAAGCAGGUCCUCUAUCUCUCGCACAACGAGAUUUUAUUCUUCUGGAAAUGCACCGAUUUUGGAAGCACUCCGGAGCGCGUGCAAGGCUACUUCUCUUUGGCCUACUUCAUUUUCUGGCUGAAGAUGUCCGAGCUUCUGGAGACAGUUAUCUUUGUGCUGCGCAAAAAACAGAGCCAGGUGACCAAGUUGCAUAUCUUUCACCAUUGCUCUACGCUUACGUUGGCGUCCUUGCUGAUCAACUUAAAUACGAAUGGCACCGCUGCUUACUUCUGUGCGUUCCUGAACUCAAUCGUCCACAUCAUUAUGUACUCAUACUAUUUCGUGGCUGCCGUGGCGGAUAAGUCUGUGAUGCAGGCCUUGAGACCCGUGAAGAAGUCCAUCACGGUGACCCAGAUGACGCAGUUCGCGCUCAUCCUGGUGCAGGUUCCCUGCCAGCUGAUACUUUGCGGCAUGGACCGCAUCGUGCUCUUUUACUUCAGCACCGUCAUCAUGGCCAUGUUCUACGGCUUCUACGACUUCUACUCAAGUGCCUACCAGGUCGCCCAGCGAGGCAAGAGUCAGACGCCUCUGUCCGACUCAAAAAAGUGAUGGGCUGCCCACAAAUCUCGCAAUAAAAGCGCACCAACAAGUGUUGGUGUUUGUGUGUAUCCAGAA